UCGGGGGCGUGGCUCUGAUUGACCAGUGGAUUCGGGGGCGGGGACUCGUUAGACCGUCGUGGCUGUCUCGAGCCGGACCGUGGUUGCCCUGGCAACCGUAAGCUAACCUAAAGUCCGCGUGUUCAUAAACCAGAGUUGAGGUUCGUCGUGUCGCGAUAACAGAAAUCUGUUCGCUGAGCGGGAAAUGUGAAGCUCAAACCGAAGAUGGAGUCGAAGGAGAGCGCGCGCGCCACGAGCCGACACGAGAAAAGUUUGGGUCUCCUGACCAUGAAGUUCGUGGGUCUGCUGCGGGGGGCCGAGGACGGCGUGCUGGACCUGAAGGCGGCUGCAGACAGUCUGGCGGUGAAGCAGAAGAGGAGGAUUUAUGACAUCACCAACGUUCUGGAGGGGGUGGGGCUCAUAGAGAAGAAGAACAAGAACAUCAUCCAGUGGAGAGGACAGAGGAGCAUCUGCAGCCAGACGGAGGAGCUGCAGCAGCAGGUCGGACGCUUGAAGGCCCAAAUCUCCCAGCUGGAAGCUGAAGAGAGAGAGCUGGACCAGCAGAGAGUCUGUCUGGAGGAGAGCAUCCACGAGCUCAGCCACAGUCCCACCAGCAGCUCGUACACGUUUGUGACCCACGAGGACGUCUGCCGGGCGUUCGAGGGCGAGACUCUCCUGGCCAUCGUGACUCCUGCAGAAACCCAGCUGGAGGUUCCGGUUCCUGAGACGGGGGGCGGGGGCCAGAGGAACUACCAGGUGAACCUGCGCAGCUGCAGAGCCCCCAUCCAGGUGCUGCUCAUCGACAGGGACUCGGACUCCAGCGUCCCCGUGGUCUUCCCAGUCCCCCCCCCGGACGACUUCUGCCUCAUGCCGACCCCGCCUGACACCCCCGGCGGUCUGCAGAGGUUUUCCCUGGCGACAUGUGGGGGCUCCGAUUCCUCCCCCCUCUGCAGCCAGGACUCCGCCUGGUCUGACCAGCAGAUGGUGCCGGUGGACCUGAGUGGGGGGGCCACGUCUUCAUCUGAACCUGCUUUCCCAGCACACUUUCACAGAAGGUCGUCUGCAGCUUCGGACCAGAACCCCAUGGAUCUGGAGGUCCAGGACUUCCAGUCGGUGCUGGGGGUCAGCAACCUGCUGAGGCUGAGCGAUGGCGGCGAGCACAUGAAGGACGGCAGAGAGGAACUCAUGGAUGACCUGAUUUCUGCCGACGGAAUGGACUACAGCUUCAGCCUGGAUGGAGGCGGGGGGGUGAGCGACCUGUUUGAUGUUUCCAUCCUCAACUACUGAUGACCCGCUUCGGCUCACGGAACCGUCCAGGAGAACCUCCAGCUCUGGAGAACCUGAUCCUCCUCCGGCUGAAGUUUCCUCUCCUGCAGACGGAGAUCUUCAUGUUCACGUUUGAUCUGCGUUACUUCAGUUCAGAGCAGAACUUUUCAGUUUCCUCAGAAAAGAUUUACUUUCAUUGUUAGAAGUUUGUUCUAAACUGUUGCUGCCAUUAAAGCUGAUAUAUUGUAUAAA